AUGGAGCCUCUGUUCCCAGCCACCCCGCCAACCAGCUGGAACACCUCCUGGGCAGCCACCAGCCGUGGCGGCGGUGGCGGCGGCGGCGGGGAGAACGGGACACUGGCAGAGCCGGUGCCCUCGCCAGGCGCCCGGGCGGUGGCGGUGCCCGUGCUCUACCUGCUGGUGUGCGCGCUGGGGCUGGGCGGCAACGCGCUGGUCAUCUACGUGGUGCUGCGCCACGCCAAGAUGAAGACGGUCACCAAUAUCUACAUCCUCAACCUGGCCGUGGCCGACGUGCUGCUCAUGCUGGGCCUGCCCUUCGUGGCCACGCAGAACGCCCUCUCCUACUGGCCCUUCGGCCCCGUGCUGUGCCGCCUGGUCAUGACGCUGGACGGCAUCAACCAGUUCACCAGCAUCUUCUGCCUCACGGUCAUGAGCGUGGACCGCUACCUGGCCGUGGUGCACCCCCUUCGCUCUGCCCGCUGGCGCCGGCCCCGGGUGGCCAGGCUGGCCAGCGCCGCUGUCUGGGCCUUCUCGCUGGUCAUGUCGCUGCCUGGUCCCCGGCCCCGACCCUGGACAGAGCCCGAGCCUGGAAACGAGGUCGCGUAAUGAGGGCGCUUGUGUUUGACAGCCACUCCCUGAAUAAACGAGAGAAUAAAUGUC